CUUUUCUCGCGGUUAGUCGGUAGUGCAGUUCGGCGCAGUUGACAAUCAAAUUUCGCCGAGUGUGAUUGAAGGAUUGGCGCUUUCGCAGAAGCGAAUCCGCGGUUCCCGUACGCGAUAUUCGCAGUAAAAAGUCUGUUCCGAUCGAAGGGCCGUAAGAACGAUUCUUUGGCGGGCAACGAGCGGUUUAUACGGAGGAGGCUACAAUGGUGGAUUACAGCAAAUGGAAGAGCAUCGAGAUCUCAGACGAUGAAGACGACACGCAUCCAAACAUUGAUACGCCGUCCUUAUUUAGGUGGCGUCAUCAGGCACGACUGGAGAGAAUGGAAGAGCGUAAGAAGGAACAGGAAGAGCACGAGAGAAAGAAAGCAGAAACACUGAAGAAAUUAAAGGACAUGAAAGAGAAACUGGCGAAGCUAGAGAAUGAGAAGAACGAUUCAGCCGAUUUGACUACAUUGAAAAAAGUCCUGCAGGAUCUCGAAGACGAAGAGAGGAAGAUCCAGAACAAGGAGGACGAAAUGAAAAAGAAGGAGAGACUGGUCCCGUGGAAUGUGGAUACCAUUGGUCAAGACGGUUUCACGAAAACCGUAAUAAAUACAAAGCCAGCUAGGAAGGACGAGGAUGCUGGAUUGUCCGACGAGGAGAAGGAGAAGCGGAUGAAGCAGUUCGUCAAGGAGAACGAGAAGAAGCUGAAGGAAUUCGGCAUGCUUAGGAAAUACGACGACAGCAAGAAAUUCUUGCAGGAUCAUCCUUACCUGGCUUGCGAGAAUACAGCGAACUACUUAGUCAUUUGGUGCAUCAACUUGGAGAUGGAAGAAAAACAUGACUUGAUGCAGCACGUUGCCCAUCAGUGCAUAUGCAUGCAAUACAUACUGGAGUUAUCCAAGCAGCUGGAGGUUGAUCCGCGGGCGUGCGUCGGCUCCUUCUUCAGUCGCAUCCAGAUCGCUGAAGUGGAGUAUAAGAACUCGUUCGAUGAGGAACUUAGGGCGUUCAAGGACAGAAUACGCAAGAGAGCGGCGGAGAAGGUAGCCGACGCGGUUAGAGAGGCCGAGGAGGAGGAGAAGAAGGCUCGCUUGGGUCCUGGUGGACUUGAUCCGGUCGAGGUGUUCGAGACUCUUCCGGAGGCUUUAAAACAGUGCUUCGAGACUCAGGAUAUCCCCCUGUUGCAACAGACGAUAGCAGCGAUGCCGGAAGACGAGGCGACGUAUCACAUGAAGCGGUGCGUCGCCAGUGGCUUGUGGGUUCCUGACGCGAAGGCCAAAGAGAAGGAGCAGGAGGAGCAGAACGCCGCGAAAGGAACACCAGACCCGGAAUAACGCAUUCGAGUUGAACCGCGCCUACCUACUACUAUCGAUACUCAGUGAUGAUCAGUAUCCCAUUGAAACACACACAUAUACACACGACAUACACAAGUAAUUCUUUACAUACCUCGAACUACAGAUACGUUAUGAAUACAGUUGUCACAUUUGCGAAUUCUGCCAGUGAUGGAUUAUUACUUUUGUCAGCUUUUUCUUUCAUCAGCACGUGCUGAGUGCAUCAUUGUUUUCGUGCGUCAGUACGCUAUCGAUUCGAACGAGAUUAGUUUGUAAGAUUUAUCGUUAGAAACUCUACUAAGGGUUGUUUCAUGUGGAAAAAAUUCUGUCAUAUGUACAACGUAUAACGAGAAAUUACCAAAUAGAAAAAAUAAGUACUAGCAUUGAAACAUAAUUUUCACUUUGCGUACGAUUACAUUACUGUCGAAAUUGCCUUCCUAUAUAUAUGUAUGUAUACACAUUGUUAACUGCAAUCGAUGAUUGUUUUAUGUACGUCUUACAUAUUAUGUACGUCUCUCUCCCUCCCUCCCUCUCUCUCUCUGCUGCACUAGCAUAUGUUGCUCCAAAACCGCUGUGUAAAUAAGAAUAAUGUUAUACAACUGUCUGUAGCAUUAAAGUUAUAUAUGUUUUAAAAA